AAUACUCAAACUCACAUAAACACAAAAGAUUCGAGUUCUUUCGUAUUCUUCGAUAGCCUUAAGCCAAUACAUUCUUCUCUCUCUACCUUCUUUCCGAGAGAACUGAUCCUUUCUUUCUCAGUUUUCUCGGGAAAGUAGAGAGAAACAGAGCACACUCCUUCUUUUUUCGUCACCUCAUCUGAUAGUUUCUUUUGAUAAUGAGUCUGGCUUGCGUCUGUUGCAUACUUCUCUGCCUCUUCAUCAUCAACUUCACCGUUAACUUCAUAUACUUCUUCUUUAUCCAUAAACCCUGUGUGUUUCGCGCCUAAAAACAUGGAAGAAGAACAUCAAGAUCUCGAAAAACCCAUCAAUGGAGCUUUGCGACAUCUCAAGAUCACUCAUUCACGAGAAGAAACAGAAGAAACUACGAACCAACAGAGAGAAUUCUCUUGUUACUACAGCCUAAGGGAGAAUCCCAAGAAGAAGACUCUGUUUAGAUGCGAUGAAUGUGGAAAAGGGUUUCGGUAUGAGAAAUGUUAUUCGAAUCAUCGAGCUGUGAUGCAUUCGUCGAAGUACCAGAAGGUUUAUGAAGAAACUAUGAUGAGUAUGUGUCGUAGCUUCAGUCUUGUGAGGAAGAAGAAAAGAUCGAGACUUGUUAGGUACAAGAAGACUUCAUUUUCUUGUUCGUUUACUACAUUUACUGAGUCGCGUUCUCCUUUUGAUGCGAAUGAGGAAGAGUUAGAAGUUGCGGAUUGUUUGAUUCUUUUGUCUAAGAGUAGUCCCAAGUUUGUAGACGGACGUAAGCUUGUUGCUGAAGCAGUAGAUGUUACUCCUAAAGGUAGCUCUGGUUUUGGUUGUUUGCGCAACAAGAAACCUCGGAAAGGUGGUGACUUUGAAUCUGGGUAUUUCAGUAAUGAGAAAAGACUUAUGGAAAAAGGGUUUAGUAGUUAUGGAACAACGAAAGAACCAGGUAGCUUCUUGAGAGACGAUAACAGAUUGAAUCAGCAGAAACGGAGAAAAGAUGGUGAAUUUGAAUCUGUGUUUUUGAGUAAUGAGCAAAGACUGCUAGAAGAAGAGGUUACUUCCCCUGUGAUAUUCAAAGGACCAGCGAGUUUCUUAGGAGAUAAACAUGAAGUGGAUCAGCUGAAACUGUGCAAAGCCGGUGACUUUGAAUCUAGGUUUUACAGAACUGAGCUUGGAGUAAGGGCUAUGGAGUGUACUGAUUCAGAUACUGAGAUGAUAACUGAAUCUGAUAGGAAGAACGUUGAGCAUGAAUGCAGGAUGUGCAACAAAAUAUUCUCGUCUUAUCAAGCUCUAGGAGGUCAUCAGACGUAUCAUCGGAUGAACAAAAGUAAGAACAAGAUGGAGGAAUUAGUAGAACGUGAGAAUGAAUCUGUGAGAUGCUCAGUGACAAAGAGAAGAAGACACGCAAAUGUAGUAGCAUCCUUUCAAGGAACUUCAGCUCGGUUCAUGCUUUAGAUGGUCAUAGGGCAAGAGACAACACUCGAAAACAACAGAGGAUGAUGAAGAUUUUGCGGUUCAUAUUAGUGUUGGAGUCUAGUUUUGCGCUGUUGUAAAGAGCCAUUUACUUGGCCAGAACAAAAGAAAAACAGAUUGCGAUGUUAUUUGUUUUUGGAACUUUCUUAUUUUU